AUGACAACCCGCGUGCGCUACCGCGAAUGCGAUGUUCCCGUCUUCACUCCUCGCACUCCGAUGUCGUCCCAAGCGACCGUUCGUCGCACGAAGACACUUGUUCGACCCGAGCGCGGCGUCGCUCCCGUCCCGCUGAUCAACCCACAGUCCGCUCAUCUUCCCUCAGGCUCUCACAUUCAUUCCGAGGACGAGACAGUCGACGCUUGGCGCAUUUUCUCUCGCAUUGCCACUUUUUGGGCUCCCACUAUUUUACUACGCUCUGUGGGUGGACUCAACGAUCAGCAUAAGAUCCAAGCAUGGCGGGAGAAGAUAUCACUCUGUUUUAUUAUAGUCUGCCUCUGUGGUGUUGUGGGUUUCAUCACCGUUGGUUUUCAGAAAGUCCUCUGUCCAACGACAGUUCAGGCCAACACCGGCAGAUAUGUCGGCAUAGGCACCGUGGACGGGGUGCUUGGCGUCCAAGGCUGGAUGAUGAAUGUUACCGCGAAUGAGGACUAUUCGGGUGUGAACUUUACUGCGCUGCUACAGUAUCCGGGACAAGACAUUACGACCCUCUUCCAACGGGACGCUGAGGACUAUCCGGCAUGCCGUGGACUUCCUUUCCGUGCUGCGGCGGAAGACCCAUGUAACUCGGUGACGGAAUGUCCUCUUGGUCCGUUGUACUCGAGCCCGACGUUCUCUACUAUUGGGCUCACGAACACCUCUUUCGUCGUGGGGUAUGACUGGAGUCAGGUUGCAGCGCUGAAGAACUACUUCGUGAUUGAUGGUGCCGUGCUCAAUAUGAACAGUUACAUGAAGCUUCAUCCAAAUCGUAUUCGCUCGGAUGCGCUAGAUGCUACAAUCCGGAAUGUACUGCUUGCGCCCGGGAGCAGUGGACGCGAUGCGACGCGGCUCUUUUACUAUCGCGCUGAUAUCCGAGCGGCGGUGCCGUGCAUGAUGCAGCGCUACUAUGCAGGCAACAUUGACAAGAUCACGCCGGGGUGCCUUCUCUCGGAACUGGUACUCUAUGCUGGCCUCGUCAUCGUACUCGGGCUGGUGCUCAUUCGAUUUAUGCUAGCAUGUAUCUUCUCAUGGUUUGUUUCGGCGCGGCUCUGCAGCCCACCCGAUAGCCACAAGCUCAAUAGACACGCUAUCAGUCCCGCUGUAUUACCCGGAGGAGCAAACGUGUCAAUCAACAAUGUUCAUGGGACGGCACCGUGGGCGGGACCUGCGGGAUCAAAAAAGCUCAUGAGACCUGGUGGCAGGCACACACCCGAGGGCAAUGCAGCACCGAUUAUGAGUCUCGCUCAGAUUGGUGCUGAACUCUUCGCAGUGUGCCUUGUGCCGUGCUAUUCGGAGGGAGAAGAAUCAUUGCGAACGACGUUAGACUCCAUUUCGACGACAACUUACGCAGAUUCUCGUAAACUUCUGUUCGUUGUGGCAGACGGAAUGAUAACUGGUGCGGGAGAAAAGCGAAGCACACCAGACAUUUGUGUCAGCUUACUGGAGCCUGAUCCACGGUUUGGAAAUCCGAUACCCAUGAGUUACAUCGCCGUUGGGGCAGGUGCGAAAGCGGAGAACAGAGCCCUAGUGUAUGCCGGUCAUUAUACCGUCGCCGGACGCCGAACGCCCACGGUCAUCAUUGUCAAGUGUGGUACUGAGAAAGAAGCAUUCACGGAGAAGAAGCCGGGCAACCGAGGCAAGCGAGAUAGUCAACUGAUUUUGAUGAACUUCUUCUCUUGCGUUACAUACAAUGAUCGGAUGACGCCUCUUGACUUCGACCUCUUCCGAAAGAUACACAUUCUGAUGGGUGUUACGCCGGACUUUUUCGAGGUUUGUCUCAUGGUUGAUGCAGACACGAAGGUAUUUCCUGACUCCCUUUCGUACUUGGUAAAUUGCAUGCAUCAUGACCAUCUGGUUAUGGGUUCGUGGGUGACAGCUAUCCAGGUCUUUGAGUACUUUAUCUCCCAUCAUCUUGCCAAAGGUUUUGAAUCUGUGUUUGGCGGAGUAUCGUGCUUGCCGGGCUGCUUCUCAAUGUUCCGACUUAAAGCUCGCAAAGCUACAGGCGACGACUGGGUCCCUCUGAUUACAAAGCCUGAGAUUGUUCAGCAAUACAGCCAGAGUAUAGUCACGACACUCCACCAAAAGAAUCUCUUGUUGCUGGGCGAGGACCGCUUUCUGACGACGAUUCUGUUGCGCACUUUCCCCAAUCGCAAGAUGAUUUUCUUACCACAGGCUCGCUGUCGGACCGUCGUCCCAGAUACUUUCUCUGUACUUCUCUCGCAGCGCCGUCGUUGGAUCAACUCGACCAUCCACAACCUGAUGGAGCUUGUCUUAGUGCGAAACACUUGCGGAGCGUUUUGCUUCAGCUUUCAAUUUGUCGUGUUUAUGGACCUGGUCGGGACUGUGGUUCUGCCUGUGGCGAUAGGUUUGACAUAUAUGUUGAUUGGGAGUAUGUUCUUGGCUCCUCCGAGUACCUUCGAAGAAGCCAUCCCACUCAUUCUCCUGGUUGCGAUCUUGGGUUUACCUGGUAUCUUGAUCAUGCUGACAACCCGCAAGAUUGUCUAUGUAUUCUGGAUGUUGAUCUAUCUACUCGCCUUGCCUAUCUGGAAUUUUGUAUUGCCCGUCUAUGCAUUUUGGCAUUUUGACGACUUCUCUUGGGGCGAGACUAGAAAGGUGGCAGGAGAAGCCAAGAGUCAAAGUCACGAUCACGGCGCUCCAAUAGCUGCAGGGCCUUCCAUACCUUUGCGUCGAUGGGAAGACUGGGAGCGCUCUAGGCUCCGAAAACUUCGUCGAGAAGAAAGACGUAGGAGGGAUCUGGAACGUAUGAACAACAUGUACACGUCUGUCAACGGCUCACUUGGUAUCGGAAGCUGUACAUUCAGCCAAUACGGUGGCUCCGACACUGUGUCUACCGUCUCUUCAGAGGACGAUCAAUGGCAAACGCAAAUUGGCGGGUAUAACGAGAACAGUUCGGCCUAUCCACCUCCACCGGUUGGUCUGAUCGAUCACUCGUUUGAUAGCGCAGAGACAGUUGCAGGCGAGGACUUGAAGAUGAUGCUCGAUGUCGGUCUUGAGGACGAGCCAUCGCCGUCACAUUCGCCGCUGUCAUCUCAUGCACAAUCGUUUCAAUUAUCGAACCAGGGGCAUUCAAUUAGUGCGGGUAUCAUGACCACUUCUCCACCAUCAUGGCCAUCAAACCGGCGGCGAGGCAAAUAG